UUGUUUACAACUUUAUCAUAUUUUUGUUGUUUACCUGCCAUGCGACUCAACAUACAUUUCAAAACAGUUUUUCAUAUUUUAAAGCGUAAAUUACAUUUAUUUCCAAUGGCUUGUAGCAGAUAUGAGUAUGUUAAAGAUUUUGAAUUAGACGAUACAAUAAUGCCAAACGUAUGGAUUGUUAUUCGUCUCGAUGGAAAGGGUUUCCACAAAUUCACUAAAACACAUGACUUCGAGAAGCCUAACGAUAUAAAUGCUUUGAAUAUUAUGAACAGUGCUGCAGUUGCCGUAAUGGAAGAGUUUCGAGAUAUAAUAAUAAGUUUUGGCCAAAGUGAUGAAUACUCGUUUGUGCUACGCAAGGAAACCAAAGUUUAUAGUCGGCGUUCCUCAAAGCUCUUGUCAUAUAUUACUAGUCUUUUUAGCUCAGCGUAUAUAAUGAAUUGGAAAACCUAUUUUCCUGAAAAGGAAUUGAAGUCUGUUCCUUGUUUUGAUGGGAGAGUCGUUCUCUAUCCAUCAGAUCAGAACCUUAAGGACUACCUGAGUUGGCGGCAAGCCGACGUUCAUGUGAACAACUUAUACAAUACAGCAUUUUGGAAUCUUGUUCUUAACGAGGGCUUGACGAAUACGCAAGCAGAAGAAAAAUUACGUGGAACGUUUUCCGCUGAUAAGAACGAAUUACUAUUUUCAAAAUUUGGAAUCAAUUACAACGAGUUGCCUGCUAUUUUCCGUAAAGGCACCAUAUUACUUCGAAAGUAUGUUCAAGUGCCGGGAAGCGAAAAGAAAAGACAAUUAUGCGUUCCUUUCCAUGAAGAUAUGAUAAGAGAGAAAUUUUGGAAAGACCAUCCAGAGCUGCUGGGCAAAUAUGUUCCUGCAGAAUAUACUAUAAACAAUGAAAAUGACUCGGGCCCCAUUAGUACACUAUUAAUUAUAAACAAUUUGUUUGAGGCCAGCAAGUGAAAAAGAACUGAAGUUACCUUUUUUCCCAAACAAAAAUAAACAUUUACCACCAUCAUGAUAGCCCGACGUGCCAUCUACACACUCAACACUAAAACUCUACUCCAACAGUG